UGUUGAUUCCUUCCAAGAUCACAUGCCAUCAUCAAAAUGUCUGUGUGCAAACCAUCAGCUUCUGCAGCCUGCCUAUUGUGGCUUUUUGUUUGCAGUUUGCUGUCACAUUGUCAAGGAUAUGUAAUACUAAACUCAGUGUCGUGGUCAGUAACCAACGAGGUGGAGGAAGAAAUGGACAGUUCCUCCACUGAAGAUACUCUGCCAGCCCUGCUUGAAGAUACCAUCAGCAUGUGGAAGCAAAGCUACCCAGCUUCUGCGUACAAAGAAGACAGAGAAACCAAAUCCAGGCCAGAGCCUGAGCGUACCAAAACAAUCUCCUCUCCCUCAAGAAUGUUCUCCUACAGGAGGGAGGGCAAUACAGCCCCAGAAAGGCCUCCCUCACCUGGAAGUGCCCUCUUAAACAAAUUAGCAAAAAAUGCCCGUAUACUAGCCCACCAGAGCAAAUGGGGUUUCCUGGCAACAUUGCCUGCUCAGGAGAUGGAUGUCUCAUUGGGUCAUGUUCUGCUAACGAGUGAUGGUCCGAAAGAAAAUAGUACUGGAGUACCCUUCUCUUAUGUCCCUCUCAAUGCCAGCUUUGUCACAAAUUUAUUGAAGAAUCCAGUCUCUUCUUUGACAUUUGCAGAUCCAGAUGGGGGUAUAUUCAGAAAGAGCUCAACUGAACCAGAAAACUCCCAUUGUACAUCUCUGACCCUUAAAGGGCACAUGAAACCUGUGCCUUCGGAAGAAGUAGACUUUGCCAGGAAAGCAUUAUAUUCCAGGCACCCUUUCAUGAAGAAGUGGCUUCAAAAUGAUGAAUGGCUGCUCAUGCAGAUGAACACUGAGUACAUCUUCCUGUCAGACUGCUACGGAAUAGCACUGAACAUUCCUUUAGAAGAUUACUAUAGAGCAAAUCCCAACUGAAUGGUCUUCUGAAACAUUGUUUGGCACUGCUGACACUGGCAUACUCAUUACUGUUUGGAAAAUGUUUACUGAACCGCCAGUGGAAAAUAUGGAUUUCUUUCUACAUAACCAAGAAUUACCAAGGGGGUGUUUUACCAUAAUCACACCAGCCAAUUAAAGAAGUCAGAAAACGAAAAAAGAUAUUGUAUUUACAUGAAUCAAAGCCUUAAAUAGUGUAAUACUUUUUUGAUUUGUGUCAAGUUAAGUUACAUUUUUAUUGUGUUUACUGACAUAUUUUCCGUUUGAAAAGGUGACAUGAUGAUUUGCUGUAUUUCCAGUGUUCCAAGAUGGAAUUCAGGCCAGAUUUAGAUACAAGAUCAUUCUGAGUUAAACAGCUACAGACAUCUUCACCAAUUGGCUUUUUAGAUGUUGUAGGUGAAGCAUACCUAGACGUGGGUUCUAUAUUCUGCCAGGUAUCACAAUCACUGUACACCCUGCCAGGAUUUGAAACUCAUAGCUGGCAAAAAACACAGCCAAAGUGUAAAGCCUAGGCAUAACAUAGGCAGGGACUGAUAACAAAUAAGGGUGUGGUUGCAAAGGUAGUUGUGAUUAUUGUUUAGUCACCUUGUGCCACUUAAAAAAGAUUAAAAAGAUUUUAUAAAAAUAUUAAAAAGUUGGUUCAAAUUUUUUUUAACAUUCUUUCUUGUUUUUUUUACAUUGGUUUUCUUCCGAUUAACAAUAAAGCUGUAAUGUAUGGCCUUGUUACAAAACUAUACACACUUUAUAUGUCAUACGUGUAUUAAGUGCAAAUAACCACAACGCACUGUUCUUGAUCACAGAAUUUAAAAAAACAGCUUUUUAAGUCAGUAUAUGAUUAGGGAUGGAUCUGAGUUUUCUCUUGUCAGUCAGUUAGGCUGGUUAGCGUCUUGCAAUUAAAUCUCUAUGGAUGUGUAUGUUAUGUCAAUAUAUGUGCAUUGUUAUUCUGAUGAACUUAUAGCAUGCAGUAAAAACAUGUGACUGCAA